CUCCUCCCUCCCAUUCAUCUGUGUGCUGGAGCUGUCAGUGGCGCGAUGGUGCUGAACAGACGCGGCCGGUAAGACAUGCCUGUGCUCCGGCUCUCCGUGCGCUGAGCAGCCUAUGGACCUGGCUUCGGAGAAAUGAACGACACCAGCAGUAAUGUGCUCAGCACGGGGGAGACCAGAAGAGUUCAUCACAGGUACCAGCUGCCUCAUGAGGCUGAUCCAAGCUUCAGGAGGCCUCUAUGCCAUCCCAGGGAGAGUGGACUUGCUGGGGGAAGGAGACGCCUAACCCCACGGACAACAGAAAGCCCCCCAAUAAUGAGGAGGCUUCCUCCGCAGGAGGGAGGAAUCAAGCCCAGGCACCCGAGCAGCCCACAAUAUGUCCAGUAUCCUGCUGACCCUCAUCGGUACCCUUCCAUUUAUUCCCAGUACCCUCCCAGGUACUAUAACUCCAGCAGCCCACCUGCGGAUCACCACAGUCAUAUCCAGCACCAUCCCAAUUAUCAAAGUCAUCAUCCUCAAACUCCCACUCACCACCCUCACUCCAGUCACAAUCACCAACACAUGGCUCCACAUAGCCAUAGGCAGUCUCCUAGUCCCAAGCAGCAGUCCCCCAGUCCCAGGCACCAUUCUCACAGCCCCAGGCAGCAACCUUCUAGUCCCAGGGACUACCCACCCAGUCCCAGGGAGCACACACCUAGUCCCAGGCUUAGCUCUCCUAACCCCAAGGAACAGGCAGAGGCUAGAAAUGAGCAGAGGUCCAAGAAGAAGGAGCCUGAGAAGGUAUCAGAAGGAGCUUCCACUCAACCAACUAAAGUCAGUGACCUUCCACCAGCCAAGAGCAGUGACAGUGACCCUGAUCCGGACACGGAGCCCCUGUUUGUGGAGCUGCACCCAAUCCUGAGCUCUGUGUUUGGUCAGGACAGAGAGCUGCGUCCAGAGGAAAUAGAAGAGCUCAGAGAAGCCUUCAAAGAGUUUGACAAAGACAAGGAUGGAUAUAUCAGCUGUAAGGACCUAGGGGAUUGUAUGAGGACCAUGGGAUACAUGCCAACCGAGAUGGAGUUAAUUGAACUGUCUCAGCAAAUCAAUAUGAACCUUGGAGGUCAUGUUGACUUUGAUGACUUUGUGGAGUUAAUGGGUCCUAAGCUUCUUGCAGAGACGGCUGAUAUGAUUGGAGUAAAGGAGCUUCGAGAUGCCUUCAAAGAGUUUGAUACCAAUGGAGAUGGAGAGAUCAGUACAUGUGAACUACGGGAGGCAAUGAAAAAGCUUCUGGGACAGCAAGUUGGUCACAGAGACAUUGAGGAUAUCAUACGCGAUGUUGAUUUAAAUGGGGACGGACAGGUGGAUUUUGAAGAGUUUGUCCGUAUGAUGUCCCGCUGACCUGUGAAUUGAUGCCCAUGUUAUCCAAUUGACUGCGCUGCUUUGGCGAAGCUGUGCCUCAAUCAAUCCACUAAUACCUGGACUUGAAAGGGCAGUACCCACAUCAGCCAUAAUGUCCCUAUCUUGGAGGCACCAUGUUUAUGCCAUGUCAGUAUUCUUGUUGUGGAAUACAGCACAGGUCAUUCUUCUUGCUGAUCCCACUGCUCUGAGUCGUAGUGUGCCAUCCCAAUCCCAGAAAUGUGAUAUUAAACAUAUGGGACAAUCAUAAGGGACUUGGUUCUAACUGUUGGACACCUUGAAGAAGCCUACAGGAUGCUGGGAAGAAAAAACCUGUGUGUACAUGAGACAGCACCCAUCAUGUGAUUUUAACUCCUAGAGGAUUUGUGCAAUAAUAGAAUAGAAACUUCUUCCUGGAUUUUCAACUAUAUUAAAUAAAUAGUCAAUAAUAUCUAUAAUCGUGAUCUUGCAAUGCAAGGACAGUGUAGAAUACAGGUAUGUACACAGCUAUUGCAUUCAAAUAGAUAUGGUUUUACUGGUGUACUCAAGCAUCUAAAGAUUUAUUCUCCUAACUACCGUAUAUCAGAGUCACUAGUAUCUUACUAGGAUAUGCUAAGAAACAAAAACAUCAGUUAG